AAAUUAAAAAUUAAAACAAAGACCCUCUCACUGGCUUUGGUCUCUCUCUCUCUCUCUCUCUGUGUAAAUAAACUUUGGAGAAACCAGCAUGUGGCAACUUUGCUGAAGCGGCAUUUCGUUCCUAACUUCUCAUUUCUCUUUUCCUCUCUCUCUUGGGUCUCGGCAGCCGCCACCAAACGCUCUCUCUCUCUCUCUCUCUCUCUCUCUCUCUCAAACGACAAGGUAUGGGAGCCAGAGGAGUUAUUGGGGAUAGAUGGUCCAUGAGGAUUCUAUGGGCCUGUGCAAUUGGAAGUGCUGCCAGCCUAUACAUGGUUGCUGCGGAAAGGCAAGCACAGAACAGGCAACGAAUGUUGGCUGAAGAGUUAAAGGCCAUGGAGGCAGAAUCAGGCAAUGGCGAGGUCGUUUGACUGUUGAUAAAUUACAGGCAAUAACUACUUUAGAGCUUUCCACAUUUCCCAAGUUGGCUUCUUUAUCAUGUUGGCCAUUGUGUGGACUAUGUAAAAUGUUUUGUCUGCUGUUUCCAUUCAGAAUCAAGUUUUAAGGGGUUUGCCCCCAUUGACAAGAAUUUGACAAUUCUGGUUUUCAGAGGAUGAUAAUGCAUAAGUGGUUGCAGAUAUUGGUCUCUGCACAGGAAGGUAUAUACGUUCAGGAAUGACUAAUAUUUUGGUGACAAA